AAUCGUUAAACCUAACGCACCUGAAAAGAAUAAAUAUGAAGCCUUCGUUAAGCCCCAAGAACUAUGUGAAAUAGGCUCUACUAAUGAAACAUCUGAGAAAUUAGCCAAAGAUAUCCAAGGAGAAUUAGAACAUUCUUCAAAUUUUGUUAAAGAAAAUGACUUGGAUAAAAAAAACAUUCUUGGAUA